AUGGCAUUAGAAGAGCAGCAGAAGGAAAUAAAGAGUGAAGAGGAUUGCGCAGCCAAGGGAGCUAUCCCGAAGACGAGGAGAUAUAAGAAAACAUCAGUAAGCUCACGAAACUCUGACAUUGACUCAACCAGCAACGCAACGGACACGCUAAGACAUAUUCCACGGAAGUUGUGUACGCUGACGUCGCCUCGUGAUUCGCCCUUUCCUUCUUCAUCAACUCCUCACGCCCCCCCGGACCGCAACGCCGUAGCCAUGAAAGACGCGUCCAAAGCCUGCGCGGUGAUCUUCCUCGGGCUGGUCGUCACGGCGCUGACGUCAGCCGAGCAGGAAUGCAGAGCUGACACUGGAAUGCCCCAGCAGUUUGUGAUCGAUGGUGGCGUCAAGAGCAACUUGUUCGCGACGUGCUCCGCUCUCGCCAACACCGUCGUGGGCGACCUGUUCUCCAUUGACCUCGGAGGCGGCAAAGAAUACGUCAGAUUUGCCCCCAAGAAUUUGCUUGCUGUUGAUUGGGUGAAGCUAAACAGCAGCGGCGCAUCGACGGACAUCAUCGCCUGCUCGGCCGCCGCUUUUGCGAGGAACGCUCCCAUGUUCAAGAUCAACGGCUCCUGCUACGCCAGCGGCAGGAUAGUGUACGGCGUCGAGAACGACGAGCAGGACUGCGGUGACGCGCCUGCUGAAGUUGUCUACGUCAUGACGCCUCUUCCAGGAGAUCUGGUCGGAGACACCUUCCUUUUCUACAACGAGUCCUCGUCUGACGGGUGCAUCCUCAGCAACAGCAACAACACAGGUCACGUCUUCAAUGAUGCUAAGAAUACCACGUACAACCAUGGACUGAUGCCGCAGAAGCUGACUUGCUGCAAUAAAAUAAUAGCCGGACAUUGCGUCGAGGUUGCGAUGAGAAGUAAUCCUCCUGACGACGAAGAAUACCUUUCGUACUGCGAGGCCAAGACUCGGUGCGAGGCCCUCGGUUUGCAGCUGGCGUCCUACGAGUUGCAGGCCAACCCCGAUAUUCAGCAGUACGCCAAAAAUCAAACAGCCCAAAGUAGUUUCUGGAUCAACACGCAACGUGGAGAAGGGGGCUACUACAUCUGGCUUCCCAACGGCCAGAAUAAUACUAUUCGUUAUGUAGGCGAACCCGAACCCGGCAAAAACUGUGCUGUAUAUGCCCCCCUUUAUGACAUUCUUUAUGGGAUUGAUUGCAAGGAUGCAAAUACUUGUAUUGCAGCCCUUUGCAUCGGCCCCAACACAUCCCUGAAGCAGUGUUGAGGCUGUCAUUGCAACACACCAUUUUCUCGAUUUUUCUUGAAAUUUAAGCCUUGCUUGAAGAAUGAAAUAUUUCAUGGGCAUUCUUACGGUUCCCAUUUGUCAACAAUUCUAAGUUACCUAUAGCCUAUUCAGAUUUUAUCUUCAGGAGGAAAUAUUUCUCCAUGCUGAGAUAUGAUGCAUUAUUCUGUCUCGUCAAUGAGUUGACGGGAUUUAUUUUUUGCUGAGCCAAUAUGGAUACGUUCUGACACUAAGAACUGGCGAGGAGCUAGCAGACGUGCACUGCAGUUUUCUGGCUGCCAGUAUGUAUUCGUUCGGACACUAAGAACUAGCGAGGAGCUAGCAGACACUGCAGUUUUCUGGCUGCCAGUAUGUAUUCGUUCGGACACUAAGAACUAGCGAGGAGCUAGCAGACACUGCAGUUUUCUGGCUGCCAAUAUGGAUACGUUCUGACACUAA